ACUUUCGGAGGAAAUGCGGUAUCAGUUCGGAAUAUAGUCGUGGUCUGAACAGCGGAGCGACAAUGCGUCUCAGCGGGUAUAUCUUGGUGUUCACCGCCUGUCUAUUAUGGUAUGUCGAGUCUUGCGAACCUAAUCAGACCCAAAAUGGUUGCAAGAUAUACGGCUCGGAGUGUCUUUGCGGUUUCGGCUGUAAAACUGAGUACGUAUACAGAACAAGGAGGGCCUGUUUGAGCGCAUUAAGAGAGCGUAGUACGAAUAUUUGUUACCGCCAACCCUGCGUCCGUGGUAUCUGCAUCCAAACAGUACAAGAACCAGGAUUUGCUUGCAAAUGUGAAGGCACCGGUUAUUACGGUCAACGCUGUGAAAAAGCAUGUCCAACAAUUCCAGUAAGAGGUCUUGUAUUUCCACAUGAGUGUGUAGUUAUUUGAACUGAUCGAAUACAUAAACUAAUUUAUUUCCUUAAGCUACGGGCCUCUGACAGUCAACGCGCUACUUUUAAACCUCCUAGAUUAUAGAGAAGAAAAUACCUUUGUUGAAUACCGUUGUCUAUUUAGUUUUGUAAAAGACUUGUACCUCCAAAAAGAAAUAAAUAUUUGUACUUAAA